GGGAAAGCUCCAAGGACGAUGGAAGGCCUAGCGUAUGGCGCCUCAAAGGCCACUACCCUGGCGCCACGGGCCAUCGUGGCGGUUCAGAACGCCGUAACCUCUGCUGCCAAACGGACGUCGUCAAAGAAGAAGCUGAAGGUCUAUCACGUAGGCAAUGUGGGUAUGCAACACGCAGCGGCAUGUUUGCAGUGCCUGCAUCUGCAUCUCGUCAGCGCAAUCCCCCUGUGUGCCGCUGCCCGUGUUGGAAGCGUUACUACGAGGUAUGGUCCAUGCAUUCUUCCAUGCAUUGAUAGUAUGUAUGUGUUAUUCUCUUUGGGUGCAGCCGUAUGACGAUCUGCGGGGAAAGACCGACGUAAUAGAAUACAGGCCAAAGCUGAUCUACAGGAUCUUCGACAGGUGAGCCGCAUUGCAGUGGUGUUGUGAUGAAGGCUCACGUGUACACGUGUUCUCAGAAUGGGCGACCGGAACAUCUUCACCUCACCAUCGGCCCUGCCUCAGACAGUGAGUGCAAGGCACGAUGAUGACACGCUCUCCCCGAGCCCCGGAAUCAUGCACACCUUUACUUGCAGGGCAUGGGAUCAAUCGUGUCUAUCGCGGCGCUUCUUUUGUUAUUAAUCCUCUUCAUCAACGCGUGAGACGACGGACAGAUGCACCCUUUCUGCCUUUUUUACUGGAAUCCAUUUAUCAUUAUUUCAUCUACUUGAGCACCCAGGAUGGUCAAGCUGAUUGGGGGUGAUCGUGUUACAAGUGCUGACGAGCCGAUUGUAUUGAACCUCGACUGCGUCAACACCAACGGCCACACAGACAGCUGCGAGAUCGACCUGAGCUCCCUCAAUCUUUGGGACAGGAUGACGUACGAGCUAGGUUUCGGAAGCGGCGGCUGGAUGGACUUCCCCGCGCUUAACCUCACCAUUCGGUCAACCAUCGAGUUUUACGAAGCCGACGGGCUGACGACUUUGCAGAAAAUACGGAUGGUGGAUCGUACCAGGCUGUUUCCGGACCUCGUGAGCAGCACGGAGGGCAUCGAGCAUGCGAUCGGAGUGACAGACAGCGUGGCGGUGCCGCUCAACACUUAUCAUCCAUCCAGCGGCCUCAUUCCCCCCGAACAGGAGUUCGAGCCAAGGUGAUCGAUCAAUGGGGGCUGGCCUCGGUGGAAAGUCUCUGGAGAUGGUGUAUGUGUGUGGAUGUCAGGUCGUUGUCUGACAUGCAGGGGGCGGGGAUAGCGCACUCCUUUCAGGAGUCGCUGAAAUUCUUCUACGCGAGAAACGUAUGCAAGUACGGACAAGCGGCAUGUCUCGUGUUGCGAUUCUGCAUACAUUCUCAUAUCAGAACAUUUUGACGGACAACACCAAGACCUACUUCGAUCACGACCUUUACACAUUCGUGCGCUUCGACUCCAAGCAGUUGCGAAUGGCCAAGAGCUGCCAAGUGCAGCUCAGCGUCGCUAAUGCCAUUCAGUUCAGGGUCAGAAGAAUACCUGCAAUGAGUGAGGCGAAUCGACACCAUUGUUUGUCGGUGCAGGUGCUGGAAGAAGCCCUGAAGGGCAAUCGAGAAUACUUCAAUGAGGUAGGGAGAGGGCUGAUUGCUUCCAUCUCUUUUUCCUCUUGAAUUGGCUUGUUUGUAGGAGUAUCUCUCGAGCUUUGCGACGUCGAAUGUCUCAUGGGCGCCCAGCAACUGGGACUCGAGCACACAUCAGUGGAAGACAACUAACCAGGACAAUCUAGUGCUCAUUUCGUCUUCGCUGACCAAGGUCGGUGUGUGAUCUUUGUCCGUUCACCAAUGGGCUUAUUCGUAUCUUUCUCGCAGGUUGACAAGGAGACGUUUGCCAACAGCACUGCACUCGGCCCCGAUCGUGUCAAUGUCCCGGUAUGAGACAAACAAGACUCCACAACCACGUAAUGCGUCAGCCGACGUGUGUCUGUCUUUUCCAGAGCCAGAUAUCGUCUCUCGGUCUGGACGAUGAAAGCUGGUUGGACUGGCUGUUCUUUGUGGGCUAUGUCAACAACUUCAACUACACGGUGCAAUCAACUCUGUGCGACGGCCGGUCGCCCAACUACGCAUUCGCGUUUGCGAGCCCUCCCAACCAGACCGACACUGAGCUGCAACUCACUAAGGCACGCAUACCAAGGCAUAAGACGCCGGUAAGUCAAGCAAGGGACACACAGCAUGGGGGCGACAUGACAAUCUCAUGCAGGCCGGUGUGUUUGUCAGUUUUUCGUGCUUGUGACAGGCGAUGUGGGAUAUGAGAAGAUGCUGGUGACGAAUGUGUCGAGCGACCGGAUGACAUGGACGGUGCAGCGAGAUUGGGGUGCUUUGAAUUUUGCAGUGGCUCGUCCUCUGAAUAUUCCUCCUUUUCCACCGAGCACAUGGCAGUGCCACCCCAACAAGUACAACGACAGGAAGGCCUGCGAUUGCAAUUGUGGUGCCGCUGACCCUGGUACGAUGAAGCAGUGCAAGAGUGAAGAGGCACGCUCGUCAUUUAUUCUCUGGCCUGUGUGUCUCUUGUGUCUCGUGCAGACUGUUUUUCGCGACAGGUACGGAAACUAGUGGGGGGGAGGGGGGUACAGAAAGGUGGCUAGUGAGGUUGAAGGUUGUCUCCGUGUGUGGGUCAGCAAGACGUCAAGAAUUGCGCGUCAGGGGAGCAGUGCUCGCCACUUGGUCGAUGCACGCGAUUCGUUUACACGUGAGUGAGAUGCAUGGAGGGAUGCACGCCCGAACAUUCUGCUGAUCUGUGUCUGAUGUCCCAACAGGGAAGGGUCCGUUGCUGUCUCAGAGACAUGUACGUAUGUGCCCACGCGCUCACAUGUCUCAUUCAUUCAACUGUCCCUGCCUGUCAGGCACGCAUCUCAUGCUGCCAGGAGAGACGACACUCGUCGGCUUCUUCUCGGAGAAUGCCACACUUGAUGAGUGCACAAGGUGCGCCAGCAUGCACAUAAUUCGCGCACCCACCGCACUCCUCGAGUCAUCUGUUGUGUCUAGCUGCUUGUGUGUAGCUGUCCACAUGACAGCCAAUAUGAAGGGGCGGCGUCAAGAAACACUGACGGCCAAUACAUCUGCAGAUACAAGUACAUGCAUGAGCUGGGCGAGCUACGCACCCGCCAUGUCUGUCUUUUUGCAGGGCCACGGGUGACGCUGACGGCCGGCCGGUGCUCUACCAAUUCAGCGAUAUAAUCGAGGACCUCAACUCCAACCUCACCGCCACCGAGGGAGAGAAAUCUCUCAUACAGGUCGCACAAACACAGACAGACAGACAGACAGUCCCCUGAUGUGCAAAAACGAUCGCUGUAUUGCUAUGGAUGUGGGCAGGUGCGUUUGGGUGCAAAGGCGGCAUUUCCCACUAAAGUGCCAUAUCUGGUGGCCCUCGACCCCGACCAGGGCAAUGAGGAGUUUGUGCACGUGGUUCAUGCGUCAGAGCCCGAUGCAUCAAACUAUCAGAACCUGACCAUACAGGCCAUCACCGGCAGCUCGUUUCGGUGAGUGGGCGGGAGCGAACGCAGCGACUUCUGUACUGACUACGCACAAUCAUUCUUGUUUUUGGUUGCUUGUUUUGUGUCAGUCAGAAUCACUUUGCUGCUGGGCAUGUAGUGUCGGCGUUUUCUGACGAUUUUCAGGGUGAGCGGAUACAAGCACAUGAGACACACACAGAUGUCUUGUUCUGACAACAGACAUCAUUGUGUGGCUUGAAGAGAACACGCCUUUCCCUGAGACAGGGUGAGUGAACACACAAGACAGGAUUAUUGCACGCAACAUACCAAUGUCCUCAUCGCUUCUGUCUGCAGCCCGUUUAGUGUCCAGGUGGACUCCACGGAAUUCGACAUCCUGUCCGCAUCAACAGGUACAAAGCUCCAUGCUCAACAUAGGGAGCAGAGACCGCUUGCCUGCUUCUGAUGGCGUCUACAGGUGACGGUAAAUCGCUGCAAGCCCUCAACAUCAACGUGAAACCACCCCUGCGAGCCGGCUACACGGGCAUCACUGUCCGCAAGGCUGUGGCUAACGUCAUCCCGACCGGUGUCACUUUCCUGGACUUCGCCGGCGGGUGGGUGGACUCCCAGCCAGAGGACGAGUGUCUCCCCGACUAUGAAAGGACAACGACACCGACACCGCCUGGGCCGCCGGGGGCGCAGGAAGGCUGUGACGGUCUGCACGACGGGUGGAUCGUAAGCUGGCUGUCAGGAGAUGAUAUGUUUCAGUAGUGCUGAGCCUGUGUGUCUGGAUGGCUCCAUGUAGGUGAUUGAUGCGGUUGGGAUGGGCAACAUGGACAGUAAGUAGGCAGCUAGGAGAGGGAGACGGCUGACCGGCUGGUCUGUCUGCAUUGCAUUGCAUGCAGUGAAUGGUACUUUUCUGCUGAUUCGCUACUCGGGUGGAAUCGGCACCAGGGGGAUGGAGCUGCGUCAAAUCGAAAAGUGAGCAAGGCCAUCCAUACAUAAAUAUGAGCUCCGAUGCAUUCUCCCUGUUUGCAGAGUGUACCAGUGGCAGUGGCCGAUGAUGAAUGGCGGGAGCCUCAUCUACCUCACACCGGAGUGGAAAUGCGACCCGUCGCUCUUCCUGUAAGUGCACGGGCGAGCAAGGCUCUCUUCUUUCAUAUUCGUGUCCGUUUCAGGGACGAUCUGUGUCAUUGCGGGUGCGGUCGCUUUGACCCUGACUGUGGUGGACCGGAGGGAAGGCCACAGGCAUUUGCGCAGCGCUUGUCGUGAGUGAGCCCGCAGGCCAAAGCACACACAAGCUAUUCCAUACGAACUGGCGUCCUCUCUAAUGCUCAUUGUCCUGCAGGAUGUUCGUCGACAAGGAGGAGAUAUCCCAGUGGGCCCGCAUCCAGUGUGACGACCCAGACAGGAUCAUUAUGACCGGCACGCUGGGACCCGUCACGUGCGCCGAGCUUCGAGCCAAUCACUCAGUCGCGUUUCGGUACUGCCAGGCUGUCACGGGCGAGCCCACCGAUCAGCAGAUGGACAUGCACGUGCCUGACGUCGGUCUGGGGCCGAUUGGGUCAUACUUCACCAAUCCUGACGGCACGCUCACGUACUAUCACCGAGUACGAUACAGAUAGGAGGACGGAAGGAGACACCAGCGGAAGGAUUGUGUGCGUGUGCAGAAAUUGUGGGAGGUAAUCGAGAUCCACGAGCCUGUCCGGCAGGACCGCGAAGCGGGCACACGAGUGGAGACCAUCGCCAUCAACACACAUAUGACCACUGACGAGUUUGAGAGUACGUAAACGUACGGCGUCUUACGGCGUCUACCUGCUUGCGACACUGUGUCUUCUCUGCGUGUGUCUCCCCCAAGAGGCGUACGACACGGGCUACCUGGAUGAGACCAGAGACCAGUCUGGCAUGGCCACCCGGCGGCUGCUGUACCCCUCGUCCGUCACCGACACACCAUCGGAAUCCGCACACCAAGUGACGCAAAAAGGGAGGGACACAGGAGCCUACGCGAUCUCGCAUGGAUCGUAUGUGUGCCAGGCCCACAGGCGGCUUUCCACCAUGGCGGCACCUGUCGACUAUGAGAUGAUGUACACUGCCGUCUCCAGUGCGAGUGAGCCUUUCGGGAGACAGCAUCUCUGGCGAAGGCUGCAGCAGCCACCAGCACCACGAGAAGGCGACCACAUCAACCCUACCGAGGCACCCAUUGAUGAGCAGGAGCACAUUCAGCCCCCAGCCGAUCCGACCAAGUCACCGCGCCACGCACCGAAUGAGCCACAAACAGAUGACAAGGAGCUUUACGCCUUUGCCCAGCCACCAACCGGAGCGCCUCAGGACACCACCAGCGACUGUUCGAGGCUCUGUCAGACCGAAGUUGACGAGUGUGUUGGGGCGGACAUGACCAAGGACCAGUGCCGUUCGAUGCUUGAGGAAGGCGGGCUGCUGCAGCAGUGCGGGAGCCAGUUUGAGACAUGUUGGGAGCGGGCGCAGCCGCAUGACAUCGAGGAAGGCGACGAUCCCUGCAGCCAAGACCCGGACCUCUGUGAGGCGCUGGGCAUCCCUGACGAGUGUCUGGGUGGUGGGAGGUGCGACGUGGCUGGCGGGAUCGACAACCCUUGCAGCGACGAGAGACAGGUGUUCAACCCUCGCACAACCAAAUGUGCCCUCUUCUGCGACCUCAACCAAAUUCCGACACUGGAUAGGUGAGCUGCAUAAUUGCAACACGCCGAUCGAUCCACAUCCGGGCGGAUGUGAUUGCAUAGGAUAUGUGCAGUGGAUGAGCGGGCGACCCAGAAUCCAUCAACGCCCGUGUCGGAUCGGUACGCAACACACAUACAGACAUGUCAUCGUAUGUCUGUGGUAUGGCGUGCAUGCAGCCUCCAUUUUGAGGGCAUCGAGUACUUUGACGUGUUGGCCAACUACGACACCUUCACCACUGCCCUCAAGAAAGACAUCGCAGCCGUGGCCAACAUUUCCCUCUCCCGCAUCUCCAUCGACGCCCUCGUCGAGGGAUCUGUGCAGGUCACAUUCACCUACCUUCCUUACAGCGGACCUGGCAGUGCGGCCGACUACAAGACGCCUACCGGCAUCAAGGCGAUGAUGGAUGCCCGGCGACCGUAUCUCUAUGCGUUCACAACCACGACAUACCUCAAGGACGCUGACCCCUGGUUCGGCACAUCAGCUCCCGGCCCGCCGUCUUCUGGGUCUGAAAUGAUAGAUUUCGAGUCUAUCACUGAGUCGCUCAUGCAGUCGGAGGCAGACAAAAUCCCAGAUGUCACUGUCGUGUCGGUAGGCUGGCUCAUCCGUCAAGGGGAGAGGUUGCGUGAGUGAUCCUCUUGUGUGUCUUCAGGAUGAGAUUUUCACAUUGUCCGAGGUGUCGCUCAUCCGCAGUGAGGAGGAUGAGUACCUCCCGGAACAUCGCUAUCUCCCCAACUACUACGAGGCAACGGAGAGCCCAGCCGUGCUCGAUUUGCAGGUGUGAGACACAUACCGCAGACGCCCUGUGAUGUUGACCAUCCAUAUCUCAUUGUCAGCUGGCCACCUUUCUGACGCCCAAGAGGAAGGAGCCAUCGGUGAAGCUCCUCUGUCCACAUAUGGCGGUGUCUCCCGCCGACAGCGAUGCAGCAGCCAACACGACGAUUAUUUCGACAGGCUGUUCCAAAGACCGCAACACGCCGUUCCGCCAGGACAACGAAUACGACAGAGACGUCAAUGCCUAUGGCUAUCUGGCUGGCGAAGUAGGAACUGGGAAGGAUGGGUGACGGUGUGCAGAACGGGACAGAAGGUUGUGUAUUGCUAUGCAGGGGACGCCUCAGCAGUUUUGGGGCAAGUGGAAGAUCCUGGACGGAUUCCAGUGGUAUGUGCGCGAGUCCAGCUGCAAGAGCGCCAUGUUCGACGAAUGCAACUGCGCCGAGUUCGACAAUCUUCCCACCGGCCACUAUCGCCUGACGUGCAACAAGGUCAUCUACCCGACGCGUGUGUUCCAAUACGAGGCAGGUAUCCCCCUCAACCACAAGUGGGUCUUCCCCUCAUCGCGCACCGAGUCCAUCCAACACAAACCUGAAUAUGAAGUGAGGUCUCGCUUCUGGCCCGCUGAAGCCCCGAGACAUGUUGCUGUUUGUCUGUCUGUCUGUCUGCUUGCCUCUCUGUGUGUGCAGCUGGAUUUUCACACGGAUUACUUCUUCACCUUCGACCAGUCAGUGCUCGAGGCCGAGAGGUCCUUUAAGGCCAGCGCCCGUCCCGGCGGCGACAUCUACCAGGGCUCUCGUGUGGUGUGGAUCGGGGAGCCAUUUAUCAAGGGCUUCCUAUUCUGCGACACCAACCAGGUCACUGACGUGAUACACACGAAUGAAUCCAUCCGUCCGUGCGUGUGCGUGCGUGUGUGCAGGGGACGGCCUUGGAGAGAGAGGAGGCGUUGAAGGUGUGUGGCCAGCGGGUGGGCACUGACACGUACCAGAACUACACCAUACCGCCGCCCGCCAAUCCUCCUACAGCCACACUCGAUCUCAUGCUCCGCAUCAACAAGAAGAGAACCAAAGAGCUCGUUGACAAGUUCAGGCCAAAGUACGGAAGCGACACCUGUUCCCACCAGCUAUUCUCACCUGUUAUUUCUGGUAUUGCACAGGCAUUGGCCGAGGUCGGACAGCAGGCAUUAUAAGGAGCUAAUUGAGAGCAUCGACAAGUUUUCGAUGGACAUCCGUCAUGCGAUCAGCAGCAUAUCCUCUGCCGAGGACCGGAGCAUCCCCCUGGUCCCUGGCACUCAAUAUUUCAUCGUCAUCUACCUGGACCUUUACCCCAUCUAUGAAAAGGUAGACACGCAGAGACACACACUUAUAGCCAGCAAUGUGGGAGGCGGAAUGGCCGUUGUCUGUCUGUCUGUGUGGCUGACGUCACAUCAGAAUGUCCUGGGCCGCUCUCGACUCAAGUCGUGGACUGUCUCUGUGAGCGACGUCACGGGCACAACCGUCCCACUCGACUACGCAAAUAGAUACCAGGUACAAGGAGAGACAGUCGGAGACAGGUGUCCACCCGCCCCUUUGUGCCUGUCACGUUCCAGAACCAAGUGCGUAUAGCCGUGCACAUCAACUCCAAUCGCCGGCUGAUCGAAAAGCAGAACUACGAUAUUCCAUCAUUCCUCAGCGACCUGGGAGCCUGGAUGGGGAUAUGGGCCAUCGCGAUCGCAGUCCUAUUCUCCUGGCAGCUGAUCUUUAAGCCUUUUGGCAACAUCUCCCCGAUGGAGGCUGACGACAGAUAUGAACACAAGUGGAAGAAACAGGAGGAGGCCCACUCGAAGAGAGUGGUCAGCCCGACAUCACAAACACACAGUCGAUUCGCGUGUCUCAUCAGUGUCUUUUUCUCUGGUUGGUUCUCGCCAGCUCAAGCUGCGCGAGAAUGCCUUCAAGCUAUGUGACGUCAGCCUCGAGACGGGCGACAACACCCAGACGAACGCCAAUGCUGCUGCCCCUGCGCAAGCACAACCAGCAUCCCAGCCGCAGCCAGCAGACACAUCAGCCCCGACAGACCAACAGCAGCAACAGCCUGACGUCACAUACCAGCUGCAAGAGCUCGGCAAGGCGCUGAACCUCCCACCAGGUGGCCAGGCGAUCGUGGUGGUACAUCAGACACACCCAGCCCCCACACCAGCACCAGCACCGCCAGCAGCCGCGCCAUCGGCAAGUGAUCCCGGCCCGCCCGACAGUCAGAACAAAGAGGCUGAGCAGGGUGAAAAGGUGAGCCGUGACGCGCCUGACGGCCCUGGUCAGGACUCAAUAGAGAUGGCCAUACGUGAUUUUAGGCUCGAUACUGCUGGUGGGGGGGGAGGGGGUGGGGAGGUGGGCGCGUCAGUGCCGCUGCCGGGGGCCGUGGACAGGCACGACACAGAGAGCGGGGGGAGAUGAGGGGAGUCGGGAGACAGAGGCCACCUGCAUGUCUGUCUCUCCUGUUCUCUCUUAUCGGUUUGAGGGCUGCUUUCUUUCGGAGGUUUGUCGGGGUGCCGCGCUUUUCUCAGCAAGGCAGUGACUUGAGCCCACCUCUGUCUCUGUUGGUGUUCUUGUGCGCAGCAGAGAGUCUGCCAGAGAUACGUAUCGAAUCAUUAGGAUGUGGCUCGCUGGGGCCAGCCAAAAUCGACACACACACACACACAUCGAUACAUGCAGUCACGUCGUAUGUACUCACAUGGUCAUUGUCUU